AUGGCUCGAAAUGACGAUCCCGAUGAGAAUAGCCCCAUGCUUGAGCGUGGAGAGCGUGACAUGAGGAAGUCUCUACAAACUUCAUCAUCUCGUAUUGCCUCUAUCUUCCACUUCUUUUUGGGUGGCAUCGUUUCCCCGGAUGCGGUUGCGUAUGAGCCAAUCGAGAUUCUCCUCAAUACCGAAGAUAAGACAGAGCGAGAUGAGUUAACGCGACAAUGGCGAAAUCAUAAACUGGAAGAAUUGAACUUUGUUGGUAUUGUGUCUGCCCUCCUAGCCGGCGUCCUCACCUCCACCGGUUCUUGGCCAAACAUCCUCCCCAACGACGCCCCCACCCCUGUCUGCGUCCGCGCAACCUUCUACUCCGGCAUCAUCCUCGCCCUCUUCAGCCUCCUAACCUCCGCCUCGCAAACCAUCCGCCUGCAUCGCCUGUCCUCGCACCGCGAUGCCCCGCUGCGCAUUCGCCGGCUACUCUCAGACCCUGCCGGCCACCCCCGAAAAGCCCAGAUCUAUGCAUGGCAGCUUCCUGUUGCUUUCUUGACAGCUGCUGUAGGUUGUAUGGUUCUAGGGAUGUUUAUGCUUGUUUGGAGCGCGACCGUGGGGUGGCGCGAGGCGGGGGAGGGGAGCUGGUGGAAUGAGAACUCGAAGAUGGCGGUUGCGUUCACUGUGGUGGCGGGCGCGAGUAUUGGGGCGUUCUUUGCGGGGCAUUGGAGUUUGUAUGAGGAUGGAGAGGAGUGGGAUGGUGUGGAGUGA